CAGAGAAGAAAGAGGAGAUGUGCGUAAAAGCUGCAGGAAGGUGCGCUCCUGGUUUCGGGCUCCUGCUCCUGGAGGAUCUGUGGGAUUGCCCUGUGUGUGUGUGUGUUUUCUCCCAGCAGAAUCUAAAUAUAUGCUGGUGACAAAUAGUCCAAAUACAGUAGCAACCCAACUGUGAUGUGGGGGUGGCGCUGAGAGAGCGGCUCCAUCUCCACAAGUCCCCUCUGUCGGAUCCGGAGUGCGUCAGGAGAAGCAGGACGCGCGGAGUCUCAGCUGCCACCUGCACUUGGACACAUCCCGUCCUCCCUCUUGACCAUGAAGAGACAAAACGCCCGGACCCUCGCCCUCAUCGUCAGCAUCCUCACGUACCUGGUGGUCGGGGCGGCCGUGUUCGAGACCCUGGAGUCGAAGCAGGAGAAGAGUCACAAGAGGCGGCUCGACGCCAGAAAGUACGAGCUCAUGCGCAAAUACAACUUGACCAAAGCGAACUUCGAGGAGCUGGAGCUCGUCGUCCUGCAGCUCAAACCGCACAAGGCGGGAGUCCAGUGGAAGUUCGCGGGCUCCUUCUACUUCGCCAUCACUGUGAUCACGACGAUCGGUUAUGGCCACGCAGCGCCCAGCACCGACUCAGGGAAAGUGUUCUGCAUGUUCUACGCCCUCCUGGGGAUCCCUCUCACCCUGGUCAUGUUCCAGAGCCUGGGCGAGCGCAUCAACACGUUUGUCAGGUACCUGCUGCACCAAGCCAAGAAGUGCCUGGGGAUGCGUCAGACCGAGGUCUCCAUGGCGAACAUGGUGACCGUGGGCUUCUUCUCCUGCAUGAGCACUCUGUGCGUGGGGGCUGUGGCCUUCUCCCACUGUGAGGGAUGGAGCUUCCUCCACGCGUACUACUACUGCUUCAUCACGCUCACUACCAUCGGCUUCGGGGACUACGUGGCCCUGCAGAGGGACGACGCGCUGCAGAACGACCCCCGGUACGUGGCCUUCUGCUUUGUUUACAUCCUGAUGGGCCUGACGGUGAUCGGAGCGUUUCUGAACCUGGUGGUGCUUCGCUUCCUCACCAUGAACACUGAGGACGAGCGGAGGGACGCCAAACAGAAGGCCCUGAUGUCCGUCUGCAAGUCCCGAGGCGAGGUGGCUCGUCUUAUACCGGUCUCAGCUUCAACGUCCUCCACUCCUGUAGCAAAUGACAGCUCAAGGGCUAAAGAUUUAAAAGGUGCCUACACCGAGGUGCUUCACUUCCAGACUAUAUGCUCCUGCCUGUGGUACCGGAGCAAGGAGAAGCUGCAGGGCUCCAUACCCACGAUGAUCCCUCAGGACCUGACGUUCUCCGAUGCCUACUUUCAGCAGAUCAACAACUGCUCUCCCUACAUGGAGCCUGGAUCAACAGGCUGCGUCUGCGGUCCACGUCAGUGCACGAGCAUAAACUCCUCAACAACAGGUCUGCGCUUUCUCUCCCCGUUCAGGGUGUUUAAGAGACGCAGCUCCGUCUAGCCUUUCUUUCCCUGCAGCAGAUUUCAGUGCGGCACGAUACGUCUUCACUGUCAAGCGGACAACGGAUACUUGACGGUCCUCACAGCAAAGACACGACUGCAAGUAGAUGUUUGUGGUGCUAUAAUCCCAGUAAACCAACAGUAGGAGGCAGGAAAGGGGAAACGCACAUGCAGCACUGUCAACAGCAAAAUCUUAAUCAAAUAUGUGUUUAAGAAAGAGCAGCUGCCAGUGUUUUGACUUCAGGUGUUUCAGGGGCGUGCACAGUGCUUGGAAGAGCCAUGUAGGCAUGAGCGUGUGUGUCACAUGAACACAUGAACACAUGAACACAUGAACACAUGAACACGGUCCAGGACACGUGAUGUGACGUGCUCACGGUUUGUAGGUGGAAGCAGAGCAGGAGCCGAAGGAGCAGACUGAGCAAAGGCACAGAAACUAAAUAGCUGAAACGUCUCUCUGCAGCAAAUCCCAUUUUUAUGUUUCUGUUACUGUUCACUCACUUUAGAAUUUAUUUUUAGUUAUUUGGGAAUACGUCUCGAUGCUUUUUUUUAAUUAACUUCUCCUCACAGUGAAAUCAAUUCAGACUUUCUAGCCUCAUGAUUCCCUCAAACUUGAUUUAAACAAACCGUGACUGUCCGAACCUUUUCAGAACUGACACACACACUCGUAACUUCACAUGACUCACAUGUGCAGUUGCCUCUGUUAUUGUGUUAUCGUGUGUGUCAGUGCUCUCUGCCUGAAACGCUGAUGCAUCCGACCCUAACACUGCAGAAUUAUGUAACGUCACAAGUGGAAAAGUUCGAUAAAAAUGGUAAAAAUGGUAAAACUGCAUCAGCGGCAAAGUCCAGUAAUCACAAGUAGACACUCACCAGCACUGACGCCUCUUAACAUUCAGUGAGCAGCGGCAGAAAACACAGAAAAGCUCAAAUUAUCACUUAUAGUUAAAUAUUACAUAACAUACACAACAGAUUUUCUAAUAUCAAGGUUCCUGUUUGGGUUAUGACUCUUUCUCCUAUUUUUUCUCCCCUGCUCUUUUCGACCUGAACAUCUGCGAAGCUUCACAGAACUCAUCCACCAUCAAACAGAAUCACAUCUGGAUCAAACAGUGGAUGCAAACUAUUUUUAGAAGCAGUCUGCGGUGACAGAUGGGAGAGACGGGGGAGUUUUCUGUGUUUGGACAAUGGAUGAGGAGCCGGCUGUCAGUCGCAGACAAAUAUGCCACAAUAGACCGAGUCUGUGUGACUGACGCAAGAGUUCAAAUCCGCCCUCAGAUACUAUAUCUCGUAUUUCUGGGACUAUUUUUAGUGUUCGGCCUGUUUUUAGUUUUUUUUCUGUGUAGGCGACAAGAUGUGAAGUUUUUUUCUGGCAGCUACAGCAGAAGCUUUCAUCCCCAAAGAUGUUUGAUUGGUUUAAAACCUGCACAGGAAAAAUGGCAGUUUUUGGGAAAAUCAAAUCAGAAAUGAGCAAUACAUUUUGAUUAUUUAUUAAUAUAUAUAAUAUGUCAUAUUUUCUUGAUUAACUGAUACAUUCUUUUGUCCUUAAAAUGUUAUUGAAAUUAGUGACAAGUAUUUUUUCUUUUAAUAAUAUCUGUCAAUGAGAAAGCAUCAUAUUGCCACAGCUGAGUCACUGGAACCGAAGAGUAUUUCCCAGUUUUCCUGUUAAUUGAUGAGCUGAUUUAUUUAUAAAUAUUAUCAAUCCAUCAGAUAAUGAAAUAUCGAAACAAUAUUUACACGACUGAGUAGAAGAUUUACUCUGUUAUCAUCAGCAAACAUAUUCCUAGGACAUCUAUUUGGACUAAUGAAAGGCAUGCUGGGAAAUGUAGGAAAUAAGUGCAGAUAAAAGUUGUGUUAAGAACAAAAGUGUAGAAACACUACAAGUUAAAGUCCGGCAUUCAAAAUCGUUACUUUAGCAAUAAUACAGGGAAACAGCUAAAUAUACUUGAAGUAUCAAUAAUAAAAUGACAAUAAUCCUCUGUGUGGCUGAUAAGUUAGAGGUAAUAAAUUGAACAUCACAGAUUGGUGAUUUUCUGAACGUCUGCAGGGGGAUUUUCUUUUUCCCUCUGACUUUUUGCCAUUUAUUGUAUUUCUCCUGUGGGUUGAGAUCCCACCUGUGUGAUUCACUGUAUGACAACAUGAUCUCCUUUGUUUUCUGAGAAACUGAGGCCGGCACCUCAUGUAACACUUGAGUUGCACAUGUGAAAAGAGGAAAAAAUCAUGAUUGUUUCUGUGUAAUUUUGAUUUGCUUCUAAAAACCAAUGACCCAGAAGACAAGUGGACAUUCAUUCAAGUACUGUAUCCUGUUGCACCUACAGGUUUUCCCUGUGUGCUUGGAAAAUAAAAACAUUUUUAAACACA